AUGAGUAGCAUCGUUUUCGUUCACGGAUUCACUGGCCACCCCGAGAAAACGUGGUCCAUGACUACGAAAGCCAACCCAGCACCGCGAUCCGAUCUCGGCAGCCGGCCCCCGAAACUUCGCAAAGUCUUUAAGUUGGGAUUUAGUUCAUCGCGGGCUGUAGAAGAGGAAAAGUCCGUCGUCUACUGGCCGCGAGACCUAGUUCCCCAAGUCCUCCCGAACGCGAGAGUGUUGACAUAUGGUCUGGGUGGCCUCAUCGUGAAGGACAUGCUCCGCCAAUCCCGUGGUCAUAUGAAUCACAAUCCUCAUCGCCGUGUGUUCAUGGCCACGGUUGGCGUCAUCUUCUUCGGCACUCCACACGAAGGAGCCGGCCCGCUUGGCGUUCUCCACCAGACCAUAGCCCUUCUAGCUAAGGGUAUAGGCUUCAGAGUCAAUGAGAAAAUCGUAGAAGCCCUAAGCCCGUCUACGGACCAACAGAUUUUCCUUAAAGAUGAAUUCAACUCCAUGGUUAACGAGCGAGACUGGCUCAUAUACUCCUUCCAGGAGCAAUAUCCUCUGGCGCUACUCCAGAGUGCCCCAGAUCUCCGCUCUGUGUUUGAUACUGAACCCGGAAUUCAAGGGAAGGCGGAUUAUCACGCCUGGAGUCUGAACCAGCUCGAAGCAUUAUUCACGUCCGCCGUGAAAAUGCUUCCCAAGGGCAGCUUGCUAGUGUGCUACAUCGACGCCCUCGAUGAAUGCAACGAGGACGAACCACAAAAAGACAUCAAGAAGUAUAUAGCAGCUAAGCUCCUCAUUGGCGAGUCCUCGGCCGCCAGAGAAAUAAAACAGAAGGUGCUAGAAAAGGCAUCGAGCGUUUUUCUCUGGGCUAAACUUGUUGUCGACAUCCUGAACAAGGAAUAUGACAGAGGAAAUGUGCGUAGACUCCGUGAACGCUUAGACGAGAUCCCUACCGGCCUCAGUGGGCUUUUCAAAGACCUUCUUACUCGAGACAAAGAAAACCUUGAGGAACUGUGGCUCUGCAUUCGAUGGGUCGCCUUUGCGAAGCGGCCCCUGAGGAUCAAAGAGCUCUAUUUUGCGAUAGCUGCUGGCCUGGAGAACUCAUUGUCUAAGCCUGCAUGUGCGGAUACAGCCGAGAUUUUGGAGCAGGACAUAGAGCGGUACCUCUUGGCCCGUUCUAAAGGCUUGACUGAGGUGGUUGGUGACACUCGCACAGUCCAGUUCAUUCACGAGUCUGUUCGCGACUUUUUAAUCAGAGAUGAUGGAUUCGCAAUGCUUUGGCCACACCUUGAAGAAGAUUUCCCGAGUAAGAGCCAUGAGAUACUAAGAAAGUGCUGUGAGGUACAGCUAUUUCCUACCAGCGGUGUGCUUGACCCGCUCCAGGACGAGGGGCAAAUGGGAAUUUUGGGCGACUAUUUCAAGAGGGAGGAGUACUAUAACGAGCAUCCGUUUUUACAAUACGCCAUCUUGCACGUCUUCUACCAUGCUGACGAGGCGGAACGAUUAGGCCAACUCCUAAACCAAGAGGAUGAAAUCCUCCUGUACGCCUUGAUAGGUUACAAGGUCCGGCACAAUCUUCUAACCAAUAGUGAGAGCAAAGAACUUUUCUGCGCAGCCAGCUCGUAUCCCAACCGUCGCUUUUUCCCAAACCUUCUUCAUUAUGGCCUAAGGUGGCCGAACCAGCGCGAUAUGAAUUCGGCUAUCGUGGGUUAUGCGAUAUAUCACGGUUUCCAGAACAUAACCGAGAUGAUAUUUAAGGAAGAGCCGGAGAUUACUUGCCUCUCGACCGAGAACUCGGAGUACGGCGAAUUUCUACAAGACUUGGUGGACCCUUCGGCCGGAUGGGACUGGGAAUUGGUUUCACUAUGCGCCAUCAGAGGGAGAAGAUCUGCCGUCGCUUUGCAUCUGCUUUCGUCAAAAGUUACGCUUCAAAUCAACCCGCAAGGGGGCCUAUGUGGUCCCGCUGCACAGGCACUCGUCGAAGCGGUAAAGUUUAAUUUACCUGAUGUUGUCAGGUACCUGACCCAGCAAGAAAACUCGCCAGAAUCAGGGGUAAUUGGUUGGGAUACCAAGCCCAUGUGGACCCUGCUCAAGUCGGAAUUGUUCGGAGUCGAUCGAUCCAACAUGCUAGAUAUCCUCCUAGAUGGCAAAGAACAUAUAUUUCACACGAGCUGUGCAUUCGACUUCGCAAGGCUGGAUAUUCUCAUGGAUGCCAAAGCACGUGAAUUUCACGCGAGCCGUGCAUUCGAAGUAGGAAAUAUUCAGCACUGGGUAGCAAAAGAUAGCCAACACGAGGAAGAUAUCAAGGUGAUCGUCCCAAGAGUGGCGGACCCGAAUAGAGAGGAUACUGAUAUCAUGACUUACUGGGGGAUUGCAAUCCACUACCAGAACCCUGUGGCACCCACGGGCGCCAAGACGGUGGCUGUCACCGCAAGCCCCGAAAUGCCCACAACUUGGGGACACCCACCCGGCCGACGAGUCCGCAUAGGCUCGGUGCCGGAGGUGCUCUAG